AUGAUUCAAAAGCCGUGCGCGAAUCCUCCCCGAGGCCGCGUCGGCCCCGGCGAGAGCCGCUUCGAUUCGCUCCCCGACGCCCUCCUCCUGCUCAUCUUCUCCAAGAUCGCUGACCUCAACACCCUCGUCCUCUGCUCCUCCGUCUGCAGGCGCUUCCGCCUCGUCGUCCCCCAGAUCCACACCCUCUCCCUCCCCGUCGACUACUCCGACCGCGGCGGUGGCGGUGGCUCCGCUCGAGGGAGCUCCGUUCGUGCUCUGAAGAGGUUCUUCAAAAGCUUCCGCAUCAAGCUGAUCGGGCCGAGGUCGUCGGCUUCGGUCUGCUGCUCCAGCAGCCGCGUCGCUCCUUACGCCGAGCUCUCUCGCCUCAAGUACCGGUUUCGCGAGCUCCGAGCUCUUCGCGUCGAGCUCCGGAGCUCCGCGAGGUCGCGCGGCGACGACGCGGUCCGCAACUCCCUGACCUGGUGGAGAGCCGUUUUCGGAUCGCGGCUCGAGACCUGCGUCGUCCUCUCCGCGGCGUCGAUUUGCAGCACCGCAGCCGGCGCCUCCAGUGGCGUCGUCGGCCGCGUCAGGGAGAGGAUGAGCGAGUCCGACCUGAAAUCGAUCCUCGAGACGACGAAGUGCUCGCUCGUGAACGCGUCGUUCAGGCUCGUCUACUUCGUCCCCCGCGACCACGGGAGCCUCCGGAGCGUGGUGGUCUCGGACGACGCCGGGAGGGGGAAGCUGUGCAUGGGAGAGGAGGAGCUCGCGAGCUUCAAUGAAAGCUCGUCCGCCGCCACGAAGAGGGGUUCCGCGGAGGAACUGAGGUCGCAGAGGCUGAGGAGCCUGAGCGGCCCGCUCCGGGUGAGCGUGUGGUACGCGCCGGUCCUGGACCUGCCUGCGAGCGGUCGGCGCAUGAAGCGGGUGAAGAUCGCCGCGGCUCGGAGGGCGGACGACGACCGGGAGGUCCCGAUGGAGAGGGACGCCGAGCUGUUGAUCGGGGCCUUCGGCGGAGACGGCGGCGGCGACGACGGGAGAGGGAAGGCCUGCGACGAAGCCGCGGCGGAGAUGAUGAGGAGCAGCAGGAAGAAGAGGUACGAGUUGAGGAUCCCGCACUGCUCGGAUUAG